AUGGAAUCAGAGUAUCAAAAACAAACAUCUAUAGGUACUACUGGUACCAAUGUCUGUGAAUGCAAUGACAGAAUUAGUAAAAUAUAUAAUGAUUCUCAUAUUAAUUAUGGUGAUGUAUGUGUUUAUGGAAUAACUAGCUAUGAGAAUACUGGAAUAAAGAAACAUACUUUGGGUAUUCAACCUAAAUACAAAAAUAUAUGUAGCACUUAUGAACCUGUAAGGAGAAAAACUAAAUAUUUAGAAAAAUGUCAGAUACCCUUACACGAUAAUAAUACAGUUGUUAAUAGCAGUGUUACUAUAAAUCGUGAAAUGUCCGCAAACAAGAAUAGAAUUAAUAACAAUCCAUAUUAUAUAAAAUAA